AUGUCUUCCUACGCGUCACGUACUAUCGUCUCCAACGUUAACCCCCUGUACUUCAUCGCUGUCGGCCUCUGCGUCGUUAUACUAUGGCGAAAUUCGCAGAAAUCACCGCGCCCUCCGUCGCCUCCAGGCGCCUAUCCAAUAUUGGGACACGUCUUCCAAGUCACUAAGGACCUCUGGAUACCAUUCACGGCAUGGAAAGAGAAAUAUGGUCCCAUUCUCUCCUUGAACAUUGUCGGGCAACAAAUGAUCGUGCUGAAUACUCUCAAGGCAGCCACUGACCUGCUCGAUCGUCGCUCGGCGAUAUAUAGCGACAGGCCUCGCGACAUAGUUGGAGGCGAAAUGCUCAGCGGGAGCCAUUUAAUGGUGCUGUCUGCAUAUAAUGACAGAUGGCGACGAAUCCGUCGUGCAGCCCACGACAUUCUGAGCGCAUCCGUCAUCACCAAAUUUCAGCUACUCCAACGUACUGAGGCUACCCUCUUCCUCGAUGAUAUGAUCAAAAACCCGGAUAAGUGGCAGGAGCAUUUUGACAGGAUGACAUCAUCCUGCAUGCUGACCAUGGUAUACGGCACCGCGCCCAUGCGUUCGCACGACCAGCCAGAAAUUAAGGCUAUAAUGGAAUAUGUCAAGGAUAUGACCGAGGCCACGGCCCCGGGAAAGCAUCUGACGCAGCUUAUACCUGCUCUGAAGCACCUGCCUCUUUGGAUGGCGCCGUGGAAGCGGGCGGCGUUGGAAAGCCAUGAGCGCUACACCGAGCUCUUCACAAAGUUCCUGAGGGAAGGAAUGGAUCGAACUGCACACGACGGAAGUCAGACGCUCGCCCAAUCUCUGGGCCAAAAGGUCAAACAAGCGACUAUCAACGAGAAAGAGGCCGCCUGGAUUGGUGCCGCGUUAAUGACGGCCGGCACCGAAGCUAUUUUGACAGCAUUAGGAUGGAUUCUGAAAACUUUGGUCGUUUAUCCAGAGGUCCAAAGAGCCGGUCAGCAAGAAAUUGACCGGGUGGUCGGACGCGGUAGAUUUCCCGACUUUGAAGACCUACCUAAUCUUCAUUACGUCCGGGCAAUCGUCUUCGAAGUAAUGCGUUUGUUUCCUCCAACGCCAUUUGCGAUUCCCCAUAGCUUGAGGGAGGAUGACUGGUAUGAGGGUUACUUCCUGGAAAAAGGAAGCACAGUUAUCGCAAACGUGUGGGCGAUAAAUCGGGACCCGGAUAUAUACGGACCAGAUGCCGAGGUGUUCAAUCCCAGACGGUACCUUGAUGUGAAGGGUCAGCUCAAGGAAAAUGACAUAAACCAAUGCACAUGGCGCCACUCGGAUACUGACCGAGUCGUGUUCGGUUCAGCCUUGAUGAUCACAACAGCAUACAUGCUCUGGGCGCUCAAUCUCACUCCGCCUAAGGAUGAACGCGGUGUCGAUAUCACACCAGACAUUGAGGCCUACAUAAACGUGGGCCUGAUAAGACAUGUCGCGCCAUUCAAGAUAAACGUGGAGCCCCGAAAUUCUGACAUUCUCAGCCUCCUGGCAGCAGCGAUGGCGCCCGCUGGUUCAUAA